GCAGUAGAAGCAUUUUCUUUGUGUUAUAAAUAAAUAUAAUGAAAUUAAUGAGACCUUUUGGGUUUUUCUCUGUCACUUAAAUUCUUCUUCACUCAAAUGAAAAUGGCAUCAUUUUAUUUUCUCAAUAGAAAAGUAAUGUAUUAUUGAUUUUUUAAAAAAUGAACAGAAAAGUUUAAGGAAGUCAGACAAUCUCACUACCUGUAUCCUUUUCUGAGAUCUUUCCUCCCAUUUCGUAUAAGGAUGCAGGGGAAAUGCUGGACCUUCAUGGCUGGUGGGUCAUGUGGAAGGGAGAGACGGUUGGACAGGAUAAGUGAAACAAGCUAUUCCUCAGAGAGGAAGAAAAGACCAAUGGACAUGGGAGCAGAUGCAGUUUCUGCUUGUAACUAAAGAAAGGCAAAUCCCAACCACAAGGAGAAGCUAUCCCCGAUUUCUGGGAUUGGCAGAGGAAAAUGAGUGGCAGGACCUGAUGUGGUGAGGACGGAAAGUGGUGGGCCGGCUCCAGCCGCACUGCUGGUGGGAGUGGUAAUUGGGGUCCUGAGCUCACCAGUGACGUGGCCCUCACGACCUUGAAUUCGGAAAAGCUUCUUUGGGACUCUCUGAAGUGCUGGCCUGUUCGCCCAGCCAUCCGCCUCUGCCAAGUAGCCUGUCAAUGUCUGCGGAUCUUGCGCCAGAAAGCCAAUCCGACCCAAGAGCAGGAAGAAGAGGAACAUUAUCCAGAAACAAGUCCCACUGUAUCUGCAGCUGUUGCAGAACCUGCCAGCUAUAACAAAAGACUCCACCCCUGAAAGGCUUGAUCCCUGACGUGAGAGCACUCCUCUGGGCCAGAUCAAGCCCUCUCUGUCCCUGUUAAGAAUUCAGCUCAGAUAUUCACCCCAGUAUGGGUCGUACUCGGGAAGCUGGCUGUGUGGCUGCUGGUGUGGUGAUCGGGGCUGGUGCUUGCUACUGCGUGUACAGGCUGACUUGGGGAAGGGAUGAGAGCGAGAAAAUGUGGGAUGAAGACGAUGACGAUGAGGAGGAGGAAUCUAGUGAUAUUGCAGAGACUGGGGUCCAGACUGGGAAAGGAGCUAAUGCUGGGAUGGGGGCUGGAGCUAGACUUCAUAGUGACUCAAAGGCCAAGGCUGAGGUGGGUGUGGAACUCAAGAGUGGUCCAGAUGUAAAGGUGGGGGCCCACUCAUGGGCGCAGAGCGGAGGUAGCCUAGAAGCCAAGGCCAAGGCCCUUUUCAGCACUCUGAAGGAACAGGCAAGUGCAAAGGCUGGCAAAGCGGCCAGGUUGGGUACCAUAUCUGGGACCAGAGCACUUGCACCAAGUUUACCCUGCCCAGGAGGCAGAGGUGGAGGCUGCCACCCCACCAGGAGUGGAGCUAGGGCUGGGAGCAAGGCAAGUGGGAAGUCCAAAGGAAGGGCCCGGGCUAAGAGCACCAGGACUCCAGCUACAGCAUGGACUGUUCGCAGGGGCAAGUUUAACUUUCCCUAUAAAAUUGAUGAUAUUCUAGGUACGGCAGACCUUCAAAAGGUCCUUAAUAUCCUGGAAAGGACAAACGAUCCUUUUAUUCAAGAAGUAGCCUUGGUCACUCUGGGUAACAAUGCAGCAUAUUCAUUUAACCAAAAUGCCAUUCGUGAACUGGGUGGUCUCCCAAUUAUUGCAAAACUGAUAAAAACAAAAGAUCCCAUUAUUAGGGAAAAGGCUUACAAUGCCCUUAAUAACUUGAGUGUGAAUGCUGAAAAUCAGGGCAAGAUUAAGGCAUAUAUCAGUCAAGUGUGCGAUGACACCAUGAUCUGUCGCUUGGACUCAGCUGUGCAAAUGGCUGGACUAAGACUGUUAACUAACAUGACUGUGACUAACCAUUACCAACAUUUGCUUUCCUAUUCUUUUCCAGACUUUUUUGCAUUGUUAUUCCUGGGAAAUUAUUUCACCAAGAUUCAGAUUAUGAAACUAAUUAUAAACUUUACUGAAAACCCAGCCAUGACAAGAGAGCUGGUCAGUUGUAAAGUACCAUCAGAAUUGAUUUCCCUCUUUAAUAAAGAAUGGGACAGAGAAAUUCUUCUUAAUAUCCUAACCCUAUUUGAGAAUAUAAAUGACAACAUAAAAAAUGAAGGGCUUGCAUCAUCCAGGAAAGAAUUCAGCAGAAGCUCACUUUUUUUCUUGUUUAAAGAAUCUGGUGUGUGUGUGAAGAAAAUCAAAGCAUUAGCAAAUCACAGUGAUCUGGUCGUGAAAGUAAAAGUCCUAAAAGUGUUGACCAAACUAUAAUUGGGGGUCUGUCCCAAACAAUAUUGAGGUAUUUUUUUAGUUUGCACUUGGGAACAGUGCAUUUUGUAAAUUAUUUGUUUUUCACUGUGCUUAUAUGGCAAAGAGAUACUUUCAGCUGCUAUUUUGAAAUAAUGAAUAUCACAGAUCAUCAACAGCAAUGUUGGUUGGUUUUAGUCUGGACCACUUUAAGGAUGUCACAUGAAUACUAGAGCUUGUACAAAGAAAAUACUUAUUGAUUCCAUCUUGCUACAUAGAUUGAGGUAUUUUUACUCUUUACCUAAACUGACAGCAAACUAAUGAAUAAGCUACACUUUUGUAUUGGUUUACAUUUGUUAACAUUAGACCUGUGUUUCAUCAAUAAAGCUGUUUGUUUUAACCAGCAAACAAAAAGAAAUUUA